AUGGAAAACAACAAAGAACUUGAACAACUUAUUGAUGCUGCAUGCGAUGCAAAGACAAAGGCUUAUUGUCCAUACUCUAAUUUUAGAGUAGGUGCUGCUCUUCUUGGUGAAGACGGUAAGAUUUAUACUGGUUGUAAUGUUGAAAAUGGUUCUUAUGGUUUAACUAUCUGUGCUGAACGUACUGCCUACACUAAAGCUGUCUCUGAAGGUUGCAAAAAGUUUAAGACUUUGGUUGUUACAACUGAUGUAACAGAUAGAUUCAUUACCCCUUGCGGUGCUUGCAGACAAUUUGGUGUAGAGUUUGGAAAUUUUGAUGUAUAUUGUGUUAAACCAAACAAGACUGAUAAGUUCCAAACAACCUCUCUAAAUCUCCUUCCAGGUUCCUUCACACCAAAUGAUCUCGAAGCUCCAAAAACCAAUCAAUAA